AGCGGAGUUCAGACGCCAGCAACUGAAGCGCGGAGCCGAUGCAACCGCCGUGUGGAGCCGCGGUGCUAGGAGCGGCAGCAGCAGCAACAGCAGCAACAGCAGCAGCGGGCUCCGAGUUUGCAGCUCGCCUUCGGCGGGGCCAGCCACGCGGAUCCCCAACCGGCUUGGCUAGCCGUUGGCUCCCGGGCAGAAGCAGCAACAGCAGCAGCAGCAGGAGGAGGAGACCUUCCUCGCCGGCUCGCCAGCCCUCGCCGCUUUCUCGCGGGGAUUAUCGCUUGGCUUCUUCGGGCGCCGCGCGCUUCUCAGCUCGUCGCGGCAUCCUAGCCAUCUGCGGGCUCUCUCGGCUGCCGAGGCGGAGGAGGAGAAGGAGAAGGAGGAGGAGGAGGAGGAGGAGAACCGACGCCGUCGUCGUUGCAGCCGCUCGGGGCUGCCGGCCGUAGCCGGAGGAAUUCUUUUCUUUCUUUUUUCUUUUUCUGUGUGUGUGUUUUUUGUUUUUUUUUGUCCCCCUUCUUUCCGCCUCGCCACCUUUCGAGUUUGGAGAAACCUCCUCGUCUCUGCUUGGUGUUCAGCUGGACAACACCUUAGCUGUUCUGGAGAUGGACUUGCUUUCUGGGACUUACCUCUUGGCAGUCUUACUGGUCUGCGUCGUGUUUCAGUCGGGGGCUCAGGAGAAGAAUUACACCGUGAGGGAGGAGUUACCGGAAAAUGUCCUUAUUGGCAACCUGCUGAAGGAUCUCAACCUGACUCUUGACCCCGAUGUGCCCCUUUCAUCCCCGCUUCAAUUCAAGCUCGUGUACAAGACUGGCGAUGUCCCCCUCGUCCGCGUGGAGGAGAAUACCGGAGAAAUAUUCACCACGGCCAACCGCAUCGAUCGGGAAAAGCUUUGCUCUGGCAUUUUUAGUGAGAACCGUUGUUUUUAUGAGGUGGAAGUCGCGGUUCUUCCUGAUGAGGUCUUCAGGCUGGUCAAGAUUCGAUUCCUGAUUGAGGAUAUAAAUGACAACGCCCCUCUUUUCCCGUCCACGGUCAUCAAUAUCUCCAUCCCCGAGAACACCGCGAUCAAUUCCCGCUAUUCUGUCCCGUCGGCUGUUGAUCCCGAUAUUGGAGUGAAUGGCAUUCAACAUUAUGAACUCCUUAAGCCCAAAACCGCUCCGAAACGGACUUUUGGAUCCAUUACAAAUGAACAGGGUCAAAAUGUAUUUGGACUUGAUAUAAUUGAAACACCCGAAGGAGACAAGUGGCCCCAGUUGAUAGUGCAACAAAUUCUUGACAGGGAGCAGAAGGACACCUAUGUGAUGAAGAUUAAAGUGGAGGAUGGCGGAAACCCUCCGAGAUCCAGCACGGCCAUUCUCCAAGUCACCGUCACUGAUGUGAAUGACAACCGUCCGGUCUUCAAGGAGAAUGACAUUGAAGUCAGCGUUCCUGAAAAUGCACCUGUGGGCACCUCCGUUUCUCAACUUCAUGCCACCGAUGCUGACUUGGGAUCCAAUGCCCAGAUUCACUUUUAUUUUAGCAGCCAGAUCUCCAGUUUGGCCAAAAGGCUAUUUGCCAUUGAUAACAUUACUGGCCUUAUCACUGUCAAGGAGCCCUUGGACCGGGAGGAAUCCCCAGUACACAAAUUAACCAUUUUGGCAAGUGACGGCAGCUCCACACCCUCCAGAGCUACCGUAACAGUGAAUGUCACAGACAUUAACGAUAACAUCCCCUCCAUAGACACGAGGUACAUUAUCAAUCCAGUCAACGGGACUGUGUUACUGUCCGAGAAAGCACCACUCAACACUAAGAUUGCCCUGAUAACUGUAAUGGAUAAGGAUGCUGAUCUUAACGGCAAAGUUACUUGCUUCACGGACCAUGAUGUCCCGUUCAGGUUAAAGCCGGUGUUUGAUAAUCAGUUUCUCCUGGAAACAGCCACCUUCUUAGACUACGAGGCCACCAGAGAGUACGCCAUCAAAAUAGUGGCUUCGGAUUCAGGAAAGCCACCCUUGAACCAAUCUGCGAUGCUACUGAUCAAAAUCAAAGAUGAAAAUGACAACGCUCCAGUGUUCACGCAACCCGUGAUCGGGCUCUCCAUUCCUGAGAAUAAUGCCCCUGGAACCCAGCUGACCAAGAUAAGCGCUACCGAUGCUGACAGUGGUCGCAAUGCUGAAAUCAGCUACAUGCUGGGAUUGGAUGCUCCUCCCAUUUUCAACCUGGAUCGCCGUACAGGCAUUCUGACAGCUGUGAGGAAACUGGAUAGAGAAAAACAAGAUCGCUAUUCAUUCACAGUGCUGGCCAAAGAUAACGGCAUGCCACCUUUGCAAACCAAUGCAACCGUGACUGUUUCUGUUUUGGACCAAAAUGACAACAGCCCUGCCUUCACACACAACGAGUACAACUUCUAUGUGCCGGAAAAUCUACCCAUGUAUGGCACCGUUGGGCUGAUCACUGUAACAGACGCGGACUCUGGAGAAAAUGCAAUAGUGACCUUGUCUAUAUUAAAUGGCAAAGAUAAUUUCAUUAUCGAUCCUCUCACUGGAGUCAUAAGGCCGAAUAUUACUUUUGACAGGGAGCAGCAAGGAUCUUAUACUUUUCAGGUGAAAGCAGUGGACGGGGGCAGGCUACCACGCACCUCCACGGCUAAAGUGACUAUCAACGUUGUCGACGUGAACGACAACAGGCCUGUUUUUGUCAUUCCUUCCACCAACUACUCCUAUGACUUGGUUCCGAUGUCCGCCAGUCCGGGCUCCGUAGUGACAAAAGUGUUUGCUGUGGACAACGAUACUGGGAUGAACGCUGAGCUGCGUUACAGCAUUAUCGGUGGGAAUUCGCGAGGGUUGUUUACGAUUGAUCAGUUAACGGGCAACGUCACUCUGAAGGAGAAAGUCAUCUCAGCAGAUCAUGGAUUGCACAGACUGGUAAUCAAAGUCAAUGAUUUAGGGCAGCCUGAAUCUUUAUACACCAUAGCAUUAGUGCAUCUAUUUGUGAACGAAACAGUCACCAACGGAUCCUAUGUCCAAGAGUUGGUGCGCCGAAACAUGGAAACACCGGUUGGCCAAAACGUUGGGGAUGGAGACAUUACCCCACAAACCAAUGACUAUGUCAAAAUCAUCAUUGCCAUUAUCGCAGGCACCAUGACAGUGAUACUGGUCAUUUUUGUGACAGCUCUGGUCCGUUGUCGGCAAACUCCUAGACACAAAGUGGUCCAGAAAAGCAAACAGAGUGGCGAGUGGGUUUCUCCAAAUCAAGAAAACCGUCAGAUCAAGAAGAAGAAGAAAAAGAAGAAGCGGUCUCCCAAAAGUCUCCUUCUAAACUUUGUGACCAUUGAAGAAUCUAAGCCUGAUGACCCUGGCCAUGAACACAUCAAUGGCACCUUGGACAUCCCUGUAGAGCUAGAAGAACAGACUAUGGGAAAAUAUAACUGGGCCACUACACCAACUACGUUUAAACCAGACAGUCCAGAUUUAGCAAAGCACUACAAGUCUGCCACUCCGCAGCCCACGUUUCAGAUUAAACCUGAGACUCCAGUACCACCGAAGAAACAUCAUGUCAUACAGGAACUGCCUCUGGAUAACACAUUUGUGGUGGGUUGUGAUUCCCUCUCCAAGUGUUCUUCCAGUAGCUCGGACCCAUACAGUGUCUCCGAAUGCAGCUGUCAAGGAGGGUUCAAGGCUCCUGGCUCUGUGCACACCAGACAGCUCUGAACGUCUUCGCAUCAACUGUUAAGUACCGAAGUCGUACACACAAUGAUGUUAAGCCAGCAAACAUGGAAAUAUGGGCAUAGCACGAGAAAAGCCCUUUGUCUUCCCUCCCUGAUUGCUGAAGAAUUUUAUCGUCUGAUCUCCAAGAGGGUUUUCGAAGUGGCGUUGAACUGUUCAAGCUGCCCCACUGAAAAGGUAUUCAGGGCCAGGACACUAACAAUUUGGAAGGAAUGCAAAGGAAAAGAAAGGAAAAAAGCAACAACAACAACAACAACAAAAGACUAAGAGACUUUAGAACUAUUGUUCUUUAGCUGUGCUAUAAUGUCGUUUUUAUGCUGAAAGAAAAGGGAGGGGGGGGAGUGAUACCGACCACUACUCCAUGUGAAUUGGUAGUAAACUAUCAGAUACACCUUUUUCAUUCUCUUCAGUUGCUUCUGGCCGCAUUCUCUUUAAUUGAUUCAUUCCCUUAAUUUAUUUACGUUCAUGAUAUCUUUGGUGCCCGUUCCUCCCAUUUCUUAUUCAUGUUGGGGGGGAAAAAAGGAGCAAUAACAAGUUAUGCAUAUACACUUGAAACAGACAGUAGUCCAGUUCUUUAUGCUCCCGGCCUUUCUCGAUAAAAUGGAUUGCUUUGUGUGCUUCACAUUGGGGGAAAGAAAAAAAAAUGUUAUUUAUUUUUGGAGUAUUUUGUAGGAAGACAUUGUCACUCUUCAAGAGUAGCCAAAUCUAGGACAGUUGGAUCGUUCUUUUGUUUUGAUUGAGGGACUUAGUCUAAGUUGGUUUGUUUCAAUAUCGGUGAUCUUCAUGAUGAGAUAGGGCGCUUUCUCACCCAUUCCACACCCAUUCCAAAAGUUUAAAAGUUAAUACCAGCCAAACUUUUUAAGAAAAGAAAUUUACAAUGUCGUUGUAACACACCAAAAUCAGGAAGAGUCUGGUAGCACCUUUGAAUAGGUUUAUAAAUAAGGCAUACCCCGGAAGAGCAUAUUGAUGCUUCUGGUCUUUCAUAAAAAAACCCAAAACAUUGGAGACCUUGAUAUGAUUCAUGAUCUAGGGGGCAUGGGGGUCAGGAAGUUAAUUGGCCUGUUGAUUUUGUCUGUCUGUCUGUCUGGGUUUAAGAACAAGUUUACCAUCCUCCUGAGGUUGAUAAAAUGAGGACCCAGUUUGUUGGGGGCAAUAGGCUGACUCCAUAAACUGCUUAGAGUGGACUGUAAAGCACUGUGAAGCGGUAUAUAAGUCUAAGUGAUAUUGCUAUUCCUUCCUUCCCUCCAUGUUCUUCCUCCUUCCCUCCCCCCCUUCCUCCAUGUUUCUCCUUCCUUCCCUUGAUGGCCUUCCUUCCUUCCUUCCUUCCUUCCUUCCUUCCUUCCUUCCUUCCUUCCUUCCUUCCUUCCUUCCUUCCUUCCUUCCUCCCUCCCUCCCUCCCUCCCUCCCUCCCUCCAUGUUCCUCCUUUCUUCCUUCCCUCAAUAUUCUUCCUCCCUCCCUCCCUCCCUCCCAGUGGUUAGAAUGCAGUAGAGCAGGCUAACUCUGCCCACUGCCAGGAGUUCGAUCCUGAGCAGCUCAAGGUGGACUCAGCCUCUCUAUCCUUCCAAGGUCAGUAAAAUGGGACCCAGAUUGUUAGGAGCAGUAUGCUGACACUGAAAACCGUUUAGAGAGUUAUGUAAAGUACUGUGAAGCGGUAUAUAAGUCUAAGUGAUAUUGCUAUUCCUUCCUUCCUUCCCUCCAUGUUCUUCCUCCCUCCCUCCCUUCCUCCAUGUUCCUCCUUCCUUCCCUUGAUGGCCUUCCUUCCUUCCUUCCUUCCUUCUUUCC